CGUGAUUUGAAAUAUAUAUUUAUUGCCAGGGUAACAAAUUUAAAUAAAUAUUUAAAAAACUGUCAAUUAAAAGUCAUACAUUUAGAUUUAAUGUAAUGUUAAAUUAUUUUUAAUAUUUUAAUAAGUAUUUUAAAUAAUAAAAAAUGGAAGACGACAAUGAAAUUAAAAGGGUCUCCUAUUCGGACGUCGAAAUGGUUAUGGGAAUCACAAAGCAACUUGCUGGAGCUGCCAAAAAAGUUAAAUCGAGCCAACUUUAUUUGGCCCAUCAAGAAUCUGCCAAAGAAAAAAUGUUAAAAGCCAAAGAAAAUAGAAAUGUACGAUAUCAAGAAAUGGACAUGGUCCAAAGAUAUAUAUGCGAUAUUGUCUCGCAGUAUUUGAAUAUGGACACCAACGAAUUUUUAGAGUUUGUUAUUGACGACCAAUUACACAUGGAUCUUUUAUCAGCGUUUACCAAAAAAGAUACCGGCAAAAAAUGUGUAUUGUUUUAUUAUCAACUGGGCCCUCCGUUCGGCGUAGAUACUGGCAGAUAUAAUCCAGCUUUAAAGGAGGACAUGAUGCGAGUGUUUGUAACGAAUGGAGUACCAUUUCCACUUAAAAAUAAGGCCUUUGGAGUAUACAAACUGAACAAUGUUAAUCUAGAAGUCAAAAAUAUAACUGAUGAAAUGUGUACCGUCUCAUUCGAUACACUGGAGGGUGAAAUUAAUUUUGCAGCACUCGCUUUUGAUCUACUUAAUUUGCUAAUAAAACCUUCCUUGGAAGUAUUCACUAGUUGGGGAGAUUUGAACAAAACGGAAACUGGUCGUUUGCAAAAACUCAAUUUCGAUGGAGAUUUUGAUUCGUUCAUCACGUAUCUUGACAGAAUCAAGAGCGAUUUAAGUGGAAUAAUCAGUUUCGAGUACGACCCAGAAUUAUUAGCUGCAAUUAACGGUAAGGAUCAAAUGGAGAAGGCCUUCUUUAAUAAACCACUAGUUGCUCAAGUGGAGACAACAGUAAGGAAUUGGUACAGGACUAUAGAGAAGAGCAUAGUACAAUUUAGACAGCUGCGCAAAGAAGGCGAAUUUGUGGGACCAGUGGCGGAACUUGAAUACUGGAGAAGGCAAUUGUGCAGGUUCACUUCGCUAGUGGAAUUUUUGGAAACGCCUGAUGUCAAAACUUUUCUCGAAUUUAUCAAGUUCAUGAAUAAUAGAGAAAUAUUAAAGCAUUGGAAAAAACACACCGAACAAGUUUAUCUCACGAGAAACGAAAGUUCAGAUCUCGUGAAAUACCUGUACGUAUUGGAGAAAUAUUGGGAACCGUUUUACCGUUUGGACCCCACGAUGUUGGCACCGCAUAUAGCGCCGCUUUUGGACACCGUUCGAAUGGUAUUUACCACGUCAAAGGCUUACAACAUCGGAAACAUAACCGCCUUUUUGGUCAAAAUAACGAACCAAAUGGUCAAAAUAUGCAGAGAAUAUUUGAAUUGUAACGACACCAGAACCGUUUGGAAUCAACUGAAAGUCGUUGUGUUGCAAAAAAUAAAAGUCUGUCUAGACCUGUACUUAAAAUAUUAUCAGUGUUAUAAACACACCAAGCAGAUGAUGGCAGAAAACGGCGAAAAACUAUUAGAAUGUUCCGAAAUGUACACAUUUGGAAAAUUCGAAAAUUUCAAGAAUCGCUUGCAGAAAAUUGUUUUUGUCUUGAAGACUUCCAUCAAGUACUCGAUUCUACAAAGCAGCACCAUAGAGGGAAUUGAUGAGUUCGCUAACAGAUUCGUGGAUUACUUCAACGUUAUAUCCCAACAAACUUAUGACGCCCUGAAUUAUAGACUUGAAGAAUUCGACAAAGACUACGAUGAAUUUAGACAAAAUGUUGUCGAUACAGAAUGGGAAUUGGAAGAAUUUGUGGCGAAAUCGCUUUCCAAAAUCAACGAUAUUGAUAAUGUUAUUAGGUUGUUAAAGAGGUUUGAAAAAUUGAACUUGGAAUGUCUUCAUUUGGAAGAGAGAUAUCUAGAAGCGAUGGUACUGUAUAAUAGCGAACUAGAUUUCCUUAGAGACCAAUACAACGAAGAAAGACAGACACCUAAUUUACCCAAAAACAUGCCACCAAUUUCUGGUAGGAUAGUAUGGAUUAGACAUUUCUUUAAACGAAUGGAAGAACCUAUGAAUGUAUUCAGAACUAAAGAAAGGGUCAUGAAACAUCGCAAAGUUCAAAAAUGUAUUGCGCUCUUCAAUGCGAUGAUGUUUUGUUUUGCCCAUUACGAAAAUACGUACCAUGAGGCUUGGUAUAAGUUUGCCGGGCAAGUACGUAACUGUCUUUUGGUACCCAUAUUGACCAAGCAACCCAAAACAAAGCGAUAUAACGUCAAUUUUGACCAAUACAUUAUGGAAGUUAUACGAGAAUCCGAAUACAUGUACAAACUUAACUUAGAUGUUCCAGAUGUCGGUCAAGUAUUGGUAUUCUGUAAGGAGAAGCUCCUCAAUUCUUACGAAUCAGUUAAAGCACUUGUAGAAAGGAACGAUAAAAUUAGAUCGAACAUUCCUCUUCUAUUUUUACCAAUGAUGAGGUCUCUUUUGCUCAAAAUGGAAGACGCCUUUAUACCAGCGUUCGCCACUCUAACUUGGACCUCGAUGAGAAUUCCGGAAUUCUGUGGCGAAGCGGAAGUGGUCUUAGAUUAUGUAGCGCAAUUCAUCAAGGAUGUAAAAGACAUGAGAGAAGCUAGAGUAGAUGAAGUCCUCGCAGCCAUAGCUCAAAUUGAAAUGGGUUAUAUACCGGAUUAUGCUCUAACUCCGGAUGAGUUUUACGAAGCUAAUGUUAAAACUAGGUCUAAAUUUACGAGAGAAUUAGAAGUGAGGUCCAGCGCAAUUGAAAAAUGCGUUAUUGAUAUUGUUAACAAGUUUGUGACAUGCAUAGAUGAACCCGAUUAUCAAGCUAAUAAAUUUAACUGGAUGGAUGCCGAAAAGGCUUUGUUACCCGUUGCGUCUGCUUCUGCGCUAUUAAUGGGUGACGACGCAGGUUUUAAGGAAAUUGACAGAAACGAUAUUGAAAGUUUGUCAGUUAUCCAUACAAACUGUAUUGAAAUGUUCGCUUACUUCAAUUGGAAGCUUAUCGAUGCCCUUGUUAAAUGCACCAAGUGUUCUCUAGAAAUGAUCAAGAGGAGAGUACUAAAUUUCGAGGAAUAUAAUCCCAUAAUGGAGACUCACAUGAUUCUAACAAUUCCUACAAAUAGCAUCAGUCCCUCACUAGAUGACAUGCAAAACGCUUUUACUAAAUCUUUAAAUGCGAUUUUGGAAACUCAUCAAUAUAUAAAUUUGUGGGGACAGGGAGAAACUAAAAAAUCAGCAAUGAAAACUGGGAAAAAAGCAGAAACUUCAGACGAACCUAAGGCGAAUAAUUAUUAUAAAAUGAUUGCUGAUAACAAAGACAUUGUGAGAGUAAAUAUGAGUUUAAAUGGAGUAAUAAAUUUAUUACAGCCUGAUAUCAACGCUCUUCUAACGAAAUAUCUUAAAUGGGAAUUUCUUUGGGCCGAAGACAGAGAAGAUCAAGUCGAGGAAUAUUGUAAAACUGAUCCAUUAAUUGUUGAAAUAUCUGAAAAGUUUAAAGAGUACGCUAAUACAUCUGAAAGAAUUAGACAACUGCCUGAAUUCGUCACUGUUGGCCCAUUAAAAGUUAUACUAGAAGAGUAUAAAUUGGGAAUCUUGGUGGAAUCUGAAGCCUGGAAAUAUAUAUUGGGAAAAAAAUUAAUCAUUAACUACAAAGACAAACUAAACGUUAUGGUUGAUUUUAUUAAAUCCCAAGAAAAGAUUCUGAACAAAACAAUACGAGAUUUAGAUGAUUGCAGAGUGGGCAUGAAAUGUCUGGAUGUUGUAAGAGAACAUUUCAUAGAAAUGGAUAUGAGUUUGGUAAUAAUUGAAGAGGCUUACGCUAUAUUUAACCAAUAUCAAAUCGAUAUAUCCAAGGAAGAUACAGAACAGGUGGAAUCUUUAAGGUUUAAUUUCACAAACAUGAUCAACCACUCGAAACAAGUCCAAGACGAAAUCUUCAACAUCCAAGGAAUUUUACUCGAGGAGCUAACUGAGGGUGUGGCUAAAUUCAAAGACGAAGUGGAAAAGUUUGAUAAAGAUUUCGAAGAAAAGGGACCGAUGGUGCCAAAUUUAGCUGCGAGAGAGGCUAGUGAUCGAGUGUUGAUUUUCCAAGACCGAUACGACGAUCUUUGUUCCAAAUUGGAUACGUUCAGCAGCGGUCAACGACUUUUUGGUUUAGAAGUUGAAGAUUAUCCUAUUCUAAAUAAAAGGAAAAAGGAAUUCAAUUUAUUAAACAAGCUGUAUGGAUUGUACCUAGCCGUAAAUCAUAGUAUUGAUGGUUACUUUGACAUCCCAUGGAGCGACAUAGAUAUUGAAGUUAUUUUUGAAGAUUUAAAAAAUUUCCAAAACAGAUGUCGAAAAUUACCGAAAGGGAUGAAAGACUGGCCUGCGUAUUUGGAGUUAAAACAGAAAAUUGACGAUUUCAACGAAACGUGUCCUUUACUGCAACUCAUGGCUAACAAAGCCAUGAAAGAAAGGCAUUGGAAACGUCUCACUAACAUCACUGGCUAUAAUUUCGAUGUGGAAAAUCCGAAUUUCACCCUAAAGAACGUAAUGGAGGCUCCAUUGCUGGAUUUCAAAGACGACGUGGAAGAUAUUUGCAUAAGUGCCGUCAAGGAAAGGGACAUCGAAACCAAAUUGAAACAAUGCCAAGCCGACUGGGCGAUAGUAGAUUUGACCUUUUCGCCGUUUAAGACCAGAGGCGAACUGCUCCUUCAAGGCAGAGAUAUCGGGGACAUUGUUACCCUUCUUGAGGACAGCUUGAUGGUUUUGAAUUCAUUAUUGAGUAACAGAUACAACGCACCAUUCAAAAAGGAGAUCGUAUUAUGGGUUCACAAAUUGGUAGACACCUCCGAAAUUUUGGACAAAUGGAUGAUUGUUCAAAAUCUAUGGAUUUACCUGGAAGCUGUAUUUGUGGGCGGUGACAUUGCACGACAAUUGCCACUAGAAGCUAAACGUUUUGGCAACAUCGACAAGGCAUGGGUAAAGCUGAUGGCCAGAGCUCGAGAAAAACCCAACGUUGUAGAAUGUUGCACGGGCGACGAAACGAUGGGACAGCUCUUGCCUCAUUUGCUUGAGCAAUUGGAAACUUGUCAAAAGAGUUUAACUGGUUAUUUAGAAACUAAGAGAUUAAGUUUUCCAAGAUUUUUCUUCAUUUCGGAUCCUGUGCUGUUAGAAAUUUUGGGACAGGCUUCCGAUCCGAAUUCAAUACAGCAACAUUUGUUGAGUUUGUUUGAUGCUGUCUUUAAAGUUGAUUUCGACCCAAAGAAAUUCGACAUGAUCGUUGCCAUGAAUUCUGCCAACGGGGAAAAAGUUCAAUUUGAUAAGCCCGUGCAUUGUAGCGGUGGCGUAGAAAAGUGGUUAAACUCCCUUUUGAACAUGGUUAGAGAUACUGUCAAAACUGUAAUCGCAGUACAAUGCCAAUGUUUUAAAGAACCAGAUUACGACUUCAUUGCCGGAUUUGUCGCUUUUUGCGGUCAGGCUAGUCUCGUUGGAAUACAAGUAUUAUGGACCAAAGAAUCUGAAGAUGCCAUCAAAAAAGCAAAAGUAGAUAAAAACGCAAUGAGAAUAACUAAUGAGAGAUUUCUGGAACUGUUAAAUGAAUUGAUUAAUUUAACGACGAAAGACAUAACGAAAUUGCAAAGAACCCAGUAUGAAACUAUGGUUACAAUUCAUGUCCACCAAAGAGAUAUUUUUGACAACAUAUGUAGGCUAAGAAUAAAAACUCUACUGGAUUUUGAGUGGCAAGCACAAACCAGGUUCUAUUAUUCCGAUGAAACUGAUGACACUGAUGUCAAAAUCACAGAUGUCAUUUUUCUCUAUCAAUACGAGUACCUUGGUAUUACGGAACGUCUAGCCAUCACUCCACUAACCGAUAGAUGCUACAUCACCUUGGCCCAAGCAAUUUGGAUCAAUAUGGGUGGCGCACCAGCAGGUCCAGCUGGCACAGGUAAGACUGAAACUACCAAAGAUAUGGGUAGAACUUUGGGAAAGUUCGUUGUGGUCUUCAACUGCUCGGAUCAAAUGGAUUUCAGAGGUUUAGGGCGUAUUUUUAAGGGUCUAGCCCAAUCUGGAACAUGGGGAUGCUUUGAUGAAUUCAACAGGAUUGAAUUGCCCGUACUGUCUGUAGCUGCCCAACAGAUUUAUAUUGUGCUGACUGCAAGAAAAGAAAGGAAAACAGUUUUCAUUUUUAUGGAUGGAGAUAGUGUUUCUAUGAACAUAGAAUUCGGUAUUUUCCUAACUAUGAAUCCAGGCUAUGCUGGAAGACAGGAAUUGCCCGAAAAUUUAAAAAUUAUGUUUAGAAGCGUCGCCAUGAUGGUGCCAGAUAGGCAGAUCAUCAUCCGUGUGAAGUUGGCUUCGUGUGGUUUUAAGGAGAAUGUCUUUUUGUCGAAGAAAUUUUACACUUUAUAUCAAUUGUGCGAGGAACAAUUAUCCUCACAAGUUCACUACGAUUUCGGUCUUCGAAAUAUUUUAUCGGUACUCAGAACCCUCGGUGCUCAGAAAAGGGCUAACCCACUUGAGACCGAAGAAGUGGUGGUGCAAAGAGUUUUAAGAGGUAUGAAUUUAAGUAAGUUGAUUGAUGAAGACGAACCUUUAUUCUUAUCUCUGAUUGACGACAUGUUUCCUGGAAUCAAGCUGGUUCAGAAAACGUGGAAGGAUUUGCAGAAGGCCAUUACUAAAGUUUGCACUGAAUUAGCCCUAAUUAAUCAUCCUGCUUGGAAUUUGAAAAUUGUUCAACUUUAUGAAACUGCACUGGUCAGACACGGCCUCAUGGUUUUAGGUCCAACUGGUGCAGGAAAAACCAAAUGCAUGAUCGGUUUAAUGAAAUCGCUGACAGAAAUGGGAAUGCCCCACAGGGAACUUAGGAUGAAUCCUAAAGCCAUUACAGCUCCGCAAAUGUUUGGGAGACUAGAUGUCGCUACUAAUGAUUGGACAGAUGGAAUAUUCUCGACUUUGUGGAGAAGAACUUUGAAAUUUAAACAAACUGAAUUUUGUUGGUUAGUUUUGGAUGGACCAGUGGACGCUGUAUGGAUAGAAAACUUGAACUCUGUCUUAGACGAUAAUAAAACAUUGACAUUAGCCAAUGGCGAUCGUAUAGUAAUGGCUGGAAACUGCAAACUUGUGUUUGAGCCUGAUAAUGUUGACAAUGCCAGUCCGGCUACUGUUUCGCGAAUGGGUAUGGUUUUCAUGAGCUCUUCUGUACUUCCCUGGAGGCCGAUUUUAGAAGCUUGGCUCAAGACACGAAACUCUACAGAAGCCGAGCACAUUAGACACCAGUUCAACAGAUGCUACGACGAGUAUUAUAGUUUCGUAAUAGCUAGACUGAAAGCAAAGAUGUUUAUAAGAGAAGCUGUUUACAUAAGACAGUGCUACGAUGUUCUUCAAGGUCUUCUGGAUAUCUUUGAUGAACCAAAGGUUUGGACAGAAAAGCAAAUAGAACGUAUGGUUCUGUUUUCGAUAAUGUGGUCAGUCGGAGCCGUACUGGAAUUGGACGACAGGCAAAAACUAGAAGAGUAUGUCGUUACGCACAAAUCAAAAAUGGACUGGCCCAAAGUGUCGGGCCAGGAAACCAUUUUCGAAUUUGUGGUUAAUCCAGAAACUGGCAAAUGGGAGCACUGGAACGUGAGGGUUGAACCGUUUGAAUAUCCUCCAGAUCAGGUACUUGAUUACAUCAAUAUUUUGGUACCCAACGUUGACAACGUCAGAACCGCGUUUUUAAUACAAAACAUCGCGAAGCAAGGCAAAGCAGUACUUCUAAUUGGAGAACCGGGUACUGCAAAGACUGUAAUGAUCAAAGGUUACUGUGGAAGUUUUGAUCCAGAAUUUAAAUUAUAUAAAAGCUUCAGUUUUUCUUCUGCAACAACGCCAAAUAUGGUUCAGAGAAUUGUAGAAUCUUAUAUUGACAAACGGGUUGGCACGACUUAUGGACCACCUGCCGGCAAAACUUUAACGAUCUUCAUUGACGAUAUUAGCAUGCCUGUGAUAAAUGACUGGGGUGAUCAAAUUACUAAUGAAAUCGUAAGGCAAUGCAUGGAAUCCGGAGGUUUUUACAGUUUGGACAAACCGGGAGAUUUUUCAUAUAUCGUGGACGUGAUGUUUUUAGCAGCUAUGAUACAUCCUGGUGGUGGUAGAAACGAUAUCCCACAUAGAUUAAAAAGACAAUUCAGUGUAUUCAACUGCACAAUUCCUAGCGAUAGAGCUAUGGAUGUAAUUUUCAGUCAAAUUGCGUGUGGCUAUUUUUGCGAAGAACGUUUUAAUAGGGACAUAGCAGAAUUCAUGCCAAAACUAAUACCGCUUACCAGGCACAUUUGGCAAAAUACCAAGAAGAGGAUGUUACCUACGCCGUCAAAGUUCCACUAUGUCUUUAAUCUUCGUGAUCUGUCCAGAAUCUGGCAAGGAAUAUUGACGCCGCAAUAUCUCGAAUGCAAAACCAGAAUAAAGGUGUUAAAAUUAUGGAGACACGAAUGUUGCAGGGUUAUUUCAGAUCGUUUUACUGAGUUUUCUGAUCAAGUGUGGUUCUUCAACGCUCUGAGAAAACAAGCUGAAGAGGAACUUGAAGAGGAUUUCGAAUUCUAUAUAGACGACGAUUCGUGGUGGGCGGAUUUCUUCCGUGAACCUCCUGAGGCAACUGGAGAUGAACCAGAUGAUUUUGACUUUAAUGCUCCGAAAAUUUAUGAAGAAGUAUCAAGUUUCGAAUAUCUGAAAAUGAGAUUAAUGGAUUUCAUGGAAACGUAUAACAUGGAGACAAGGGGCAUGGUAAUGGAUUUGGUGUUCUUUAGAGACGCUCUUAUCCAUUUGUUGAUCAUCUCCCGGAUAAUCAGAACACCACGAGGCAAUGCACUUUUGGUCGGCGUCGGUGGUUCUGGAAAACAAAGUUUAACACGUCUCGCUACUUUCAUAGCCAACUAUGAGGCAUUCCAAAUACAACUAACUAGGAGUUAUAGUUUAACCAAUUUAAUGGAUGACAUGAAAUUCCUUUACCGUCAAAGCGGAUUAAUCGGCAACGGUGUGUCCUUCAUCUUUACCGAUAACGAAAUCAAGGACGAAACAUUUUUGGAAAGCUUGAACAACAUUCUGAGUUCUGGCGAAAUCGCCAAUUUAUUCGCCAAGGACGAAUUGGAUGAGAUCCAGAAUGAAUUGAUACCGAUUAUGAAGAGAAAGGAUCCGAAGAGGAUACCCACGAUGGACAAUCUUUAUGAUUUCUUUAUUACCAGGUCUAGAAGUAAUAUACAUGUUGUGCUGUGUUUCUCGCCAGUAGGUGAAAAAUUCAGAAGCAGGGCAUUAAAAUUCCCCGGUCUUAUUUCUGGUUGCACGGUAGAUUGGUUCAGUAAAUGGCCAAUGGAUGCUCUAAUUGAAGUAUCGAUGCACUUCAUGGACGAAUAUAGCGUGGUGUCCACGCCCGAGGUUAAAAUGGAACUGAUAAUGAUGAUGGCUGAACUGCACGAUAGCGUCAAUGAUUUCUGCGAAUCAUAUUUCAACAGAUUCCGAAGACGCUCUUACGUGACACCCAAGACAUUUAUUUCGUUCCUGGGAGCUUACAAAGUUUUAUAUAGAAUAAAAGUAGAUGAAAUUGCUGUACUAGCCAUUAGGAUGAAAACCGGUCUAACAAAACUGGUAGAAGCGGCUGUAAGCGUCGACGAACUGCGCAAGGAUUUGGCUCUUAAAGAACUUGAAAUGGUCAGAGCCACAAAAACAGCAGAUAAUGUAUUAACUGCGGUAUUACAAGCUUCAGAAACUGCCAACAAAAUCAAAGAAGAAGCUUUAGGGAUGAAAGAAAGGGCCGAAACGCUUGUGGCGUUAAUCAGCAUAGACCAAAAAGAAGCAGAAGCUAAACUAUUGGACGCCAGACCAGCUUUAGAUGCGGCUGAAGCUGCUUUACAGACUAUUAAAGCAGCUGAUAUCGCGACUGUGAGAAAAUUGGGAAAGCCGCCAUAUCUAAUUCUACUAAUUAUGGAUUGCGUACUAAUAUAUUUCAAGAGACACUUGGAUCCCGUGAAACCGGAUCAUGAAAGGAAUUUCUUCUUUGCAACAUGGAGUGAAUCGCUGAAGGUAAUGGCUGAGUCUGCUUUUCUAAAGAACCUUCAGCAAUAUCCAAAAGACACAAUUAACGCAGAAAUGGUUGAUAUCUUGGUUCCUUAUUUCGAUAAUCCCUUGUAUACGUAUGAAAACGCAAAACAAGCUUGCGGUAAUGUAGCUGGUUUAAUUUCUUGGACUAUAGCCAUGUCGUCAUUUUAUGAUGUAAACAAAGAGGUGUUGCCUCUAAAGGCAAACUUAGCUAUCCAACAGGCUAAAUCGGAUAAAGCCGAAUCUGAAUUGAAGGCUGCUAUGGCUCUACUGUUAUCGAAGGAGAGAGAAGUACAAGCAUGUCAAGACAAGUAUGAAGGCGCCAUGGCCUUCAAACAAAGAAUAUUCGAUGAAGCGGCCAAAGUAAAAUUCAAGAUGGACGCCGCGACGGCUCUAAUAAACGGUCUAGCUGGUGAACGAAUAAGAUGGACGGAACAACUAGCUUUGUUUAAAGCCGAAACCGAGAGAUUGAUCGGCGAUGUGAUUUUGCUGACCGGAUUUUUGGGUUACACUGGGCCGUUUAAUCAGGAAUUCAGAUCAGCUUUACAGCAAACGUGGCUGGACGCAAUUGUUAGACGUAAAAUUCCUGUUACUUUAAGCCUUAACAUUAUCGAGAGUCUAACUGAUUCUGCCACAAUAGGAGAAUGGAAUCUUCAGGGGCUCCCUACAGACGAUCUCUCCAUACAAAAUGGAAUCAUAGUUACAACUGCAGCAAGAUACCCUUUACUCAUAGAUCCUCAAAGCCAGGGAAAAAUGUGGGUUAAAGAGAAAGAAAAAUUAAACGGGCUCAUAAUCACUACUCUGACGCACAAAUAUUUCAGAAAUUUUUUGGAAGAUUCCGUCGCUCUAGGAUAUCCGAUAUUAAUCGAAGAUAUUGGAGAAGAUUUAGAUCCAGUACUGGAUAACGUAAUGGAAAAGAAUUACAUCAAGAUGGGUACAACGCUUAAAGUAAAACUAGGAGACAAGGAGGUCGAUUACAACGACCAAUUCAAGCUUUACAUAACUUCCAAACUGGCGAAUCCCAAGUAUACGCCAGAAAUAUUUGCCAGAGCUUCUAUUAUCGAUUUUACCGUAACGAUGAAAGGGCUGGAGGACCAGUUGCUGGGCAGGGUUAUAUUAACGGAAAAACGGGAAUUGGAACAGGAGAGAACCAACCUCAUCAAAGACGUUACGGCUAACAAACGAAAAAUGCAAGAGCUCGAACAAAACUUGUUGUACAAAUUGACCACCACUCAAGGUUCUUUAUUGGACGACGAAUCGGUUAUUAUAGUGCUAAAUGUAACUAAAAAUACUGCGAACGAAGUUAAAGAGAAACUAAUAGUUGCUAAAGAUACGGAAAUUAAAAUUAACUUGGCUAGAGAGGAGUUCAGAUCGAUAGCGACUAGGGGAAGCGUCUUGUACUUCUUGGUCGUAUCCAUGUCUAUGGUUAAUUUUAUGUAUCAGACAUCUCUGACGCAGUUUUUGGAAAGAUUUGAUUUAUCCAUGAUCAAAUCGGAAAAAUCUCCCCUAAUUGCAAAACGUCUCCAAAACAUCAUCGAUUAUCUGACAUACGAAAUUUUCAAAUACCAAGUACGAGGCGUCUAUGAAGAACACAAGUAUAUGUUUGUGCUAUUGAUGUGCCUUAGGAUAGAUUUGGAUAGAGAGGCCAUUACUCACGAGGAAUUUAAUAAUUUCAUCAAAGGAGGCGCGGCCUUGAAUUUGACAGCUUGUCCACCAAAGCCGGCUAAGUGGAUAACGGAUUCGACAUGGUUGAAUUUGGUGUCGAUAUCCAAUUUGAGACAUUUCCAAUAUAUCGUGUCACAGGUAACUGCAAAUGACAGGAGAUGGAAAGAAUGGUUUGAUAAAGAUGCGCCUGAAGAAUCAAUUAUACCUGAUGGCUACCAUACUUUGGAUACUUUUAGAAAACUGCUGUUAAUAAGAGCAUGGUGUCCGGACAGAACCAUUACGCAGAGUCGAAAAUAUAUCGCCAGCUCUCUUGGUCCGAAAUUCGCCGAACCUGUCAUUCUCAACCUAGAGAUUCUAUAUAACGAAUCGCGCCCUCUAUCUCCUAUGGUAUGUUACUUGAGCAUUGGAUCUGACCCGACCCCGUUCAUUGAACAGCUUGCCAAAAAGUUGGAAACAGCAGUAAAAUCCAUCUCUAUGGGACAAGGCCAAGAGGUGCACGCUAGAAAAUUGUUGGAGGGAGCCAUAAGUGAAGGAUAUUGGGCGUUGCUUCAGAACUGUCAUCUAUCGCUGGAUUAUAUGCAGGAACUGUUGGGCGAAUUACUCGAAUUAGAGAAAGGUGCAACCGAGAUCCAUCCAGAUUUCCGCCUAUGGAUUACUACCGAACCGAAUGAUAAUUUUCCGAUCAGUUUAUUGCAACUCUGCAUUAAAUUUACGAACGAAGCUCCGCAAGGCAUUCGCGCCGGUUUGUUGAGAACCUACAGCUCUAUGAAUCAAGACUUGUUGGACUACUCUGAUGCUUGGCAGUACAUACCGUUGGUGUACGCCAUCUCCUUCUUGCAUACCGUUGUGCAAGAGAGAAGAAAGUUUGGUCCCUUGGGUUGGAAUAUUCCAUACGAAUUCAAUUCGGCGGAUUGGUUGUCCAGCGUGCUGUUUCUUCAGAAUCAUUUGGACGAUCUAGAUCCGAAAAGAGGAAUCAGUUGGCCUACUCUCAGGUACAUGCUAGGAGAAGUCCACUACGGUGGAAGAGUAACGGAUGAUUUUGAUAAAAGAUUACUGAAUACUUUUUGCAAAGUGUGGUUCUGCGAGAACGUUUUCGCUGAGGACUUCCUGUUCUAUAAAGGAUAUAAAAUAGUUAAAUUUAAGCAAACCUCUGAAUAUGUGGAACACAUCGACGGUUUUUCACCUACAGACCCUCCUCAGGCUUACGGUUUACACUCCAAUGCUGAUAUCACAUACCAAACAAACACAACUAUCGCUAUGUUUGAUCAGAUGUUGGCCAUUCAACCGAAAGAUGUCGGGGGAGGUACAGGAGAAUCUAGAGAGUCGGUAGUUCAAAGACAAGCAAAAGAAAUGUUGGAUAAAUCGCCAGAUAACUACGAUCCGUUUGAAGUCAAAGAAAGGUUGCGUAUAAUGGGUCAGUUUAAUUCUCUAAAUAUAUUCUUGAGACAAGAAAUUGACAGAAUGGAAAAAGUGAUCGAAAUAGUUAAGACCACUCUAAGAGAUUUGCUUCUAGCCAUCGAAGGUACUAUCAUUAUGAGUGAGGCUCUUGAAAAUGCUUUGAACAUGAUAUACGAUGCCAAAGUGCCACAAUUAUGGUUACGACCCUCGUGGCUUGCAAACUCUUUGGGAUUCUGGUUUACGGAAUUAAUAGAAAGAGAUGCUCAAUUUAGGGAUUGGUGCUUCAACGGAAGACCGACGUGCUUCUGGUUAGCAGGUUUCUUUAAUCCACAAGGAUUUCUAACAGCAAUGAAGCAAGAAGUAGCACGGUCUCAUAAAGGCUGGGCCUUAGACAAUGUAAAAUUACAUAAUGACGUUACCAAAAUGAUGAAAGAUGAAGCUGUAGAUCCACCAGCUGAAGGAGUUUUCAUAUAUGGACUAUUCUUAGAUGGUGCUGGAUGGGAUAGAAGGGGCAGCAAAUUGUCCGAAUCCAUAAACAAAGUUUUAUAUACACUUAUACCUGUUGUCCAUGUAUAUGCCCUGUACAACUAUGAAGUCAAAGCGAAUAAAUUUUAUGUGUGUCCCGUAUAUAAAAAAUCCAGAAGAACAGGUUUGAAUUACAUAACGGUAUUGUACCUGCAGACAGUGAAACCUCCAGAACAUUGGUGUUUACGUGGUGUUGCACUGCUAUGCGAUGUCCAAUAAUUUUAGAUUUGUAUAUAGUUUUAACAAUAUAUCUACAUAGAAUUACAA